GGUAGGUACCUACAUCUGAGGAAAAGAAAAAAGUGCUUCGAAUCUCCAACAAAAUCAACAGAAUUUUUACCUACUUUCUAGAAAAGAUCACUUCCUAUUAAAAUAGCAUCAAAACCGUCAAACUUUAAAUUUUUUAGCCCUGAUGUAUUAGUAAAUAUGUGCCAAUCUUUGAGAAUUGUUUACUUGUGAAAAGGAAUAGGUAAUAUAGGUAGGUAGUGGUUGUUGGUGUUUGGUAGUCACUGAUAACAAACAGGGCUGGGCCUUCUCUCUUUUGUUUAUUUCGGACUCCAUAGACAUGGAAUCGGAACAUCAGCCAAAAUUAAGUCCUAUAAGGGCUUUCCAAGCCCUCCAUGGAGUGUCAGCUGAAGAAGAUCCUUACACAAGCCUCUCGGAGUACCACGACUAUGAGCCUAGGUUGGAAUUUGAUGAUUCUGAACUAACACAGGCACCAGGAUUAGCACCACUCCCACCGGAAUUGCUGGACAUUUCCGAUGAUUUCCUGAACCACUCGGCCAGUGACGGGACGAUUGAAGAAAACUUCGAGGAGGAACUAGCCAGAGCACCCGAAAGUUAUGCUGAGAUCGCACAGUCUUCCCUCGAAGACAGCUUCGCCGAGCUGAACGGCACUGGGCUAGUGGAUGUGGUAGGCGACGACGAGAUAGGGCGUCGCAUCAUUGUCGUCUCGGCGUGCCGCCUGCCACCCAGCAAGGAUCUACAUCCUGACAGAUUGCUAAGAUAUCUCAUGUUCACGCUCGACAAAUAUGUGGAGCAAGACUACAGUUUGGUGUACUUCCACUGUGGCCUCAGCAGUAAAAAUAAGCCUCCACUGUCUUGGCUGUGGAAGGCUUACAAGGCAUUCGACAGGAAAUAUAAGAAGAAUCUGAAGGCGUUAUACCUCGUGCACCCAACUAACUUCAUACGGAUCGUGUGGCAGAUGCUUAGGCCUGCGAUCAGCGUCAAGUUUGGCAGAAAGAUGAUGUAUGUCAACUAUUUGCAUGAGCUGAAACAACAUCUCAAUUUGGAUAAACUGUGCAUACCAAAUACGGUGCUUGAAUACGAUACACUGCUUCUGGCAAAAAAUCCUAGAGCCGCGGAAACAGCUCGCUUGUGCCCCGAGCGUGUGGAGAAGACAGGAAACUCAAAAUCGACUCCGAAGGAAAGUUUGUCGCCCCCGCGGACGCAACAAUUUGGAGUUUCAUUGCAAUUCGUGACGGAGAACAACGUGGAUAUGGUUGACUCUAUUCCACCAGUCGUGAGGCAAUGCGUCGAGUAUCUAUCGCAGCCCGAUGCACUCGAAACAGAAGGGAUAUUCCGUCGUUCGGCGAACAUUGCGACGAUUAAAGAGCUCCAGAGGGCGUGCAACAGAGGAGAGCCUAUAAGCUUCAAGGGUGACCCUCACAACGCAGCGGUGCUUCUGAAAACAUUCCUCAGGGACCUGGAGGAACCGCUCAUGACGUUCGAUCUCUACGACGAGAUAUUGCAGUUCCAAUCCUGGUCUAACCGAGACAAGCCGAGGAAGGUCAAGAUAUUGAUUCUGGAGCGGCUGCCGGCGGAGAACUAUCGCCUUCUCAAAUACAUUUUCCAGUUCCUGUGGAAGGUACAAGACCGGAGUUGUCUCAACAAGAUGACGAGCAACAACCUGGCCGUGGUGUUUGGCCCCAAUCUCGUGUGGCCCCCCAAUGGCCAAAUGUCCCUACAAUCCAUUGGCCCAAUCAACGCAUUUACCGAUUUCCUACUGGAAAACCAAGAGUCUAUCUUUAUUCUUUGAAUGGAAGACGAGAUUCGCGGGGAAGGCUCUAGGCCAACCCCGAGCCGCGCUGGCUCGAAAGAGAAAAAAGAGAGAAAUUGUCAUUGUAUUUAAACAGACACCGUCUAUUGUAAUAUAUCUAGGAUGGGUAAUGAUCAUUGAGUCAUAAGGAAGAAAAAUAUGUGUAGUUCCUCAGAUAACGCUCAGGUUGUUGAAAAUAACGAGGUUUUAUGUUAUUUUAGCUCGCACAUUUCAUACUAUAUAUGAUUUCAGUUCACUUUAUCGCAUUUUUUUAAUACACUUAAUUCAUGAAUUCAUAAAAUUAAUACGUUUUGAAUACUUCUAACACCUAAAUUAUAUUAAAAACAUUUCUGAAGUACAGUGCAAACACUUGGUACAUUUAACUUGUAUCAGCAUGACAUGCGCCGCGGCGAAAUCUAACUAGCACACAAAUAUCAUUCAUCGCGUUCACUCAUAUCAAUUAUCAAUCUUAUUAAUAAACAUCGUAAAAUCAUUCAGUUGGUAUCAACCACAUCAACUUAUCAUUCAAUAUCGUAUGGAUAAGAAAGAGACCGUACACCUGAUCUUAUAAUAAUUAAAAUGAACAUAUCAAAACCGGAGCAUUAUCAGAGGAUGUAUUGAUGUCGUUAUGGCAGAGGCAUCAUUAAAUUUCGCCACAUGUUUCUUAGCGAACUAAAUUCGGUAUCGGUAAAUUAGUAGUUCGGUAGAUUUACUCGACUGUACAAAAAAA